AUGGCUUCUACCGGAGCUACCAAGAUCUUCGAUAUCAGGGUCGGCCCCGCCGAGUACGAUAUCUUGCAGGAUAUCAAGAAGGGCCUCAGGCCCGAGGACCGCGGCGAAAAGACUCUUCCCACGCUUCUGCUUUACGAUGAAGCUGGACUGCGGCUCUUUGAGAAGAUUACGUACCUGGAGCAAUACUACCUCACCAAUGCCGAGAUUGAAGUGCUGGAGACCUGUGCGGAUAAGAUAGCGGAAAGAGUUCGACCCGGAUCUGUCGUCGUGGAACUGGGUAGCGGCAACUUGCGCAAAGUCAACAUUCUCCUGCAGGCAAUUGAACGCCUUGGCAAGGAUGUCGAAUACUAUGCUGUGGAUCUGUCUCUGCCUGAGCUGAAACGAACUUUUGCUGAGAUCCCAACCGAAGGAUACAAGCAUGUGAAGUGCUUUGGCCUCUACGGAACCUACGAUCAUGCCCUGGAAUGGCUGAAGUCUUCCCAGAUCAGCACCAGGCCCAAGACGAUCCUUUGGCUGGGGUCAAGCUUGGGGAACUUCAAGCGCCACGAAGUCCCGCCUUUCCUGGCUGGGUUCUGCGAUGCCGUCCAGCCUGGGGAUACCAUGUUGAUCGGUAUCGACUCUUGCAAGGACCCCGAUCGGGUGUUCCAUGCCUACAACGACAGGGAAAACGUCACUCAUGAGUUCACCUUGAAUGGCCUCAAGCACGCCAACAGAAUCAUUGGUAAGACUGUGUUUAAGCCCAACGAAUGGGAAGCUAUCGGCGAGUAUGAUGAGAUGGCCGGACGUCAUCACGCCUUUGUCUCCCCCAAGAAAGACGUCGAGAUCGACAGCAUCCCGAUCGCAGAGGGCGAGCGGAUCCGGAUCGAAGAGAGCUACAAAUACUCGCGCGAGGAGAUUCAGCAUCUCUGGCAGGAAGCUGGGUUGAUGGAGAACUCAGUUUGGAGCAACUCCAAGGGUGACUAUGGCCUUCACCUGGUCUCCAAGCCCAUAUUCUUCUUUCCGUCCAAACCGGAGAACUACGCUUCACAGCCUGCCCCAUCCAUCUCUGAAUGGGGCCAGCUCUGGGCCUCCUGGGACGCCGUCACUCGCAAGAUGAUUCCAGAGGAAGAGCUGCUGUCUGAGCCCAUCAAAUUGCGGCACGCGUGCAUCUUCUAUCUCGGCCAUAUCCCGACGUUCCUCGAUAUCCACAUUACUCGUGCCACUGGCGACUCUGCAACCGAACCAGCUUACUUCCGGCAGAUCUUCGAGCGUGGCAUUGACCCAGAUGUGGAGAACCCUGAACUUUGCCAUGACCAUAGCGAGAUUCCCGAUGCUUGGCCGCCGCUAGAUACCAUCUUGGAGUUCCAACGCGCAGUUCGGGAGAAGGUCAAGAGUCUUUAUACUUCUGGUGCGGUCGAGACCGGUCGCCGCAUUUCCCGCGCCUUGUGGCUCGCAUUCGAACACGAGGCCAUGCAUUUGGAGACUCUCCUGUACAUGCUGAUCCAAAGCGAGAAGAUCCUCCCUCCUCCCGGUACUGUCACACCGGAUUUCGAGGCGCUUGCUCGCGAGUCAGAGCUCAUGGCAGUCGAAAACGAAUGGUUCACUGUUCCAGAGUCCAAUCUCCACAUUGGAUUGGAAGAUCCAGAGAGUGAGGAUGGAGAGACUCGAUACUUUGGCUGGGACAACGAAAAGCCGGCCCGCUCUUCGCAUGUCAAGGCCUUCCGCGCAAAGGCUCGCCCCAUUACCAAUGGCGAGUAUGCAGAAUACCUCGCAACAACCGGGAAAACUUCCAUUCCUGCGUCUUGGUGCGAAGCGCCCUAUUCCACCAUGAAGGAGUGGGGCAUUGGGAAGAGGGAUAGCGUCAUGAACGGCCAUGUUAAUGGGUCCGCCCGUGUUGGUCAAAACAUCACUGAAGGGAAGUAUGUUCGAACUGUAUACGGUGCAGUGCCCCUCCGCUAUGCUUGGAAUUGGCCCGUUGUAGCCUCUUAUGAUGAGCUAGCUGGCUGCGCUCGCUGGAUGGGAGGCCGGAUCCCGACUAUGGAAGAGGCCCGUAGCAUCUACAGCUACGUCGAGCAUAACAAAGCACAAGACUUCGCGAAGGCGCUCGGAAAUAGGAUCCCGGCCGUGAAUGGCCACCUCAUCAACAAUGGCGUGGACGAGUCGCCACCAUCCCACGCUUUCUUGAACGGCAACUCCGGUGCAGUCGCUGGUCCCAGCCCGCGCGACCUCUUUCUCGACUUGGAAGGAGCGAACGUGGCAUUCCAACAUUGGCACCCGGUCUCGGUCGCAGAAAAGGGUGGAAAGCUCUGCGGACAGUCUGACCUGGGUGGCGUUUGGGAGUGGACCAGCACUGUACUGGAGAAGCACGAAGGAUUUGAAGCCAUGAAGUCGUACCCGGGCUACACGGCCGACUUCUUCGAUGGAAAACACAAUGUAACGCUGGGCGGUUCUUGGGCCACGCAUCCACGCAUCGCGGGACGGAACACAUUCGUCAAUUGGUAUCAACGCAGCUAUCCCUACGUGUGGGCUUCUGCUCGACUCGUCCAAGACGCGUAG